UUAAAGCCGUGUGAUUGCCGUAUUGCGUGACUUUUCGCCUGUGCUGUGGUUUACAAACUGCAUUUUGCCGAAAACUUUUUUAAUGAAACUAAUUAAUUAAAGCCCACAUAAGCUAUUUUACAUCAACUUACAUCCCAGUUAACAUGUAAAUAGGCUGUAGCUAUCACAUUAUAAGUAGAAAAAUGUGUUAUAAACUCAAUAUUUAUGUAAUAUCAGUGUUAUGAAAAUACGUGUUUGAUUUUGUGUAUAUUUUUAGUCGUCACUUGUGGAAGCCCUAAAAUGUUUAAUUAUAAAUAUCUGAGUCGAGAACAUCUCGAGGGAUUCGACAAUUACAAGUAUAUGUCAAAAGAUACAAGCCCGCUUAGUGUAUAUGUGAUGCAUCCUUUUUGGAACAAAGUUGUUGAGUAUGUUCCACGAUGGGUAGCACCAAACGUACUAACGUUCGCAGGAUUUAUUUUGACUGUACUCGAUUUUGCCCUGCUCUCGUAUUAUGACUACGAUUAUUUAGCGGCGAGUGCAAGAGUCGACAAUGAAACGACAACUGAACCACUGAAUGGUCACACGGAGAUUAUUCCGCAGUCAUUGUGGUACAUUUUAGCCGUUUUCCUCUUUGUGGCGUACACCCUAGAUGGUAUCGACGGCAAGCAAGCGAGACGCACACAAACUUCAGGACCCUUGGGAGAACUGUUUGACCAUGGACUCGAUUCUUACUCGGUAUUCUUCAUACCCGCAUGCCUUUAUUCAAUUUAUGGCCGAAAAGACUUCUCCAUAUCGCCAUUAAGAAUGUAUUAUAUAAUGUGGAAUCUUCUGCUCAACUUUUACCUAAGCCACUGGGAGAAAUACAAUACUGGUGUAUUAUUUCUACCCUGGGGAUACGAUUUCAGUAUGUGGACGUCAACCUUCGUGUUUCUAUGGACCGGGGUCAAGGGCACGGGUUUCUAUAAGCGCUACCUGUUCGGUAGCUACACUCUCGCCAACGCCUUCGAGUGGCUGAUAUAUGCUACGGGAGUGUUCACUAAUCUACCAGUCGCUCUCUACAAUACCUAUCUGUCAUACAAAUUGCGUACGGGCAAAAUGCGGUCAACCACAGAAGCUUUACGGCCGCUUUGGCCUCUUUUGAGUAUGUUCGUCGUGUGCUCAAUUUGGGUUCACAAAUCCGAACGGCUACCAGACUGCGACCCGCGUGCCCUUUUCCUACUUAUUGGGACGCUGUUUAGCAAUGUGGCGUGUCGUCUCAUAGUGAGCCAAAUGAGCAACCAGCGAUGCGAGAUAGUCAACUGGUUGCUAUGGCCUCUUUCACUGGCCGCCAUGCUUUCCAUCGCGCUACCGAAGUACGAACUAUCCGCGUUCUACGCAAUGAGUGCCUUGAGUGUCCUUGCACAUAUACACUACGGAGCCUGUGUGGUAAGACAAAUGUGCGAUCACUUCAGAAUAAGCUGUUUCCACAUAAAACAACGAGCGGAUUGACUUUUAGACGACAAUGCGUGCUAAAUACAUAACAAUAUGUUAAAUGCCAUUUAUCACAAUUAUUAUUCAAUAUUAUUUUCAACUUUAUGUCAACGCCAUAAGAACCACACAAAUAUUAUAAUUUGAAAUCAUUACCACGCAAGAUACGAUGUACAUUGAAACACAACACACCCAUUAUAGUUCAAUUGAAGCGAUUCAAAUUUGUGCACACAUUUUUAUUACAAUAAUUUUGUAUCACAUAUGCCAAAUGCCAAUUCUGUUGUACAUAAAAGUAUAAACUGAACUAAAUUGACAGGUCUUAAAGUAGGGCUUGUUAGGUUUCCUGAGGAAAAGAAUAUCACUCCUGUUAAACCUCUAAAUAUGGUUUACAGAUUGUGCAAAGAAUACUAAACCUACAGUUUGAUGUUUCGUGUGGAAAAGAAUAGCACUGUUUUAGACCUGUCAAUAUAGUUUACAGAUUUGUGUACAAAGGAAACUAAAUUGUCAGGUGAAAAAAUGUUUCCAUCUAUUUCUACAAAGAACAUAUUGAAAAGGAUGUCAUUACUUAUUAAUAAUUGUGUCAAUUUGGUGUAGUUUAGACACUGCGAGACAGAAAUUAUAUUAAUGUAUUGCAAUACUAGAAACUGACAUUCCUGUUGAUAGCUCAAUUUAGGCUGUCAAUUUAUUCUAGCCUUUGUGUACAGGUGAAUUAAUAGAAAUCCAACAUGGCAUACAACAUAAUACGUGCUGAGACAUAACCCACAUACCCAUUGUAUAAAUAUAAAAAUAUCGACAUAAGGGCGUGAGACUGACUGACUGUAAAAAUGUUGUGACUGUUAUUUAGUAAAGAACGUAAUACCUCCAAUUUAAAAAGCUUGUAAAAAUAAUAGAUAAUAAUUAAAAUAUAUCGCUGAUUUAACCCUUUCCAUAAAAUUAUUUAUCGCUAAGCCUAAAGAAUUUAUAUGGGCACAACUAUUUUUUUAUAAAUAUAUUUCUUUAAUUUUAAAUUCAAAAUUCGAUUAGCCAACUAAGUAAUGGAGCCACCAAGGCGUUCAAACUCGUUUUGUAAUUACGUACAAGUUUGCGUCCAGCGUACGACCAAUCAGAG